UAAGGAAUAUCCAUCCAAACGCAGGAUGUCUUUGAUAUUUGGUAAAAAGUUAUUGAAGCCAACACCACCUGAAAAGGGCAAUUUUCCAUUAGAUCAUGAAGCAGUUUGUCGAAAGUUUAUGGCCAAGUAUUUGCAGUGUCUUUUGGAAAAGAACAAUCACGCAAGUGAGUGCAAGGACAUAUCCAAAAGCUAUCUUAAAUGUCGAAUGGACAAUGAUCUGAUGAUUCGUAUGGACUGGUCUGAGCUUGGUUUUGACGAGAAUACCGAGAACAAUGAUGAGAGUAAUGCCACGAAAUCUGUUGAGAAAAAAGUUGAGAAAAAAGUUGAGAAAAAUACAGGAAAUAAGCAAUGAAAAAAGCCUUCUUUAUUAAAAAGUGAAUUACAUAAAUAGUAAAUACUGCCGAUGUUUAUGGAAAUUGGCCAUGGUAAAAAUAGCCCCUGGAUUUUCAUCGAUACAUACAAUUCAACGAUGGAAAGGAAUAUGUGCGUUGGUGCCUAAUGUAAAUCAUCUUUAGUAACAGUGAUUUGUGAUCUCGUGUU